CCUCGACAGACCACAUUCACAAUGUCUACCGCUGAGCUCGCGACGUCCUACGCGGCGCUGAUCCUCGCCGACGAUGGUGUUGAGAUCACUGCCGACAAGAUCUCGACCCUCAUCAAGGCCGCCAACAUUACCGAAGUUGAGCCCAUCUGGGCCUCAUUAUUCGCCAAGGCUCUCGAGGGCAAGGACGUGAAGGACCUCCUCUCCGCUGUCGGCUCUGGUGGUGGUGCCGCUGCUGCCCCUGCGGCUGGCGGUGCGGCUGCUGCUGGCGGCGCUGCUGCCGAGGAAACCAAAGAGGAGGCAAAGGAAGAGGAGAAGGAGGAGUCGGACGAGGACAUGGGUUUCGGUCUCUUCGACUAAGGUGUCCAUAUGGGCAGGGUGUGCUUCUGACUCCUCGGGUUCCCUUUGUAAUUGCAACGCUUGCAUGGAUUCGCGACGGCAUAUCGCACAAACACGAGGGAUGGAGGUUCUGGUAUCUGGGGUCCCGGUUCAUCGGCGUAGCUUUACACGGAAUUUGAAGAUGCGCUUUUGAGCAAAUGCGGCUUAAGCUACGGCUCAUCCGCAGUCGGCAAAGACUUCUGUGGGAUGGUAGCGAUGGUGCACUCAAGGCCGACCCUACAGAGUCUUGAUGCGCUGCGUCAGGCGGCUCCCGCAAAUUCCGAAGCCAAGGCAAUGCGAAGGAAGACUCGAC